AUGACAUCGCCACUCGUGUCACCCACCUCGGGCGGCCUCGGCAGCGGCGCGUUCGACUACACUUCCAACAAGGACGACUAUGAGCUUUUCUGUCUCGCUGAGCUCUGCACUGUCUCGUCAUCUGCGUUGAGACACGAUCGCUCGUGUGGUCGAGGCGCGACGGCAUCCGUCUACGCGGCACGCUACAAACCACGCGCCGAGAAGGUCGCAAUCAAGUGCAUCGACCUGGAAAAGUACGGCGCCAACAUUGAGGAGAUCCGAAAAGAAAUCCAGGUCAUGAGCCAAUGCCACCACGAGAACGUCGUCACAUACUACACGUCGUUUGUGGUCAAGGAAGAGCUCUGGCUGGUGAUGCGGCUGCUGGAUGGCGGCUCGGCGCUCGAGAUUAUGAAGUUCUUCUGCCCAAAGGGCUAUGAUGAGGUUUUGAUUGCCUCCAUCCUCAAGGAGGUCCUGCUCGGUCUGGCGUACUUUCACAAGAAUGGUCAGAUCCAUCGCGAUGUCAAAGCAGGAAACAUCCUUCUCGACUCGGACGGCACCGUGCAACUGGCUGAUUUUGGUGUCAGCUCGUGGCUUGUUGAAGGAGGCGAGCGCCGAAAUCAUCGCCAAACCUUUGUUGGCACGCCCUGCUGGAUGGCACCCGAGGUCAUGGAGCAGGUGAACGGCUAUGACUACAAGGCAGAUAUCUGGAGCUUUGGCAUCACUGCAAUCGAGCUCGCGACAGGCCACGCGCCUUUCGCCAAAUACUCGCCCAUGAAGGUGCUCAUGUUGACGUUGCAAAACCCGCCGCCGUCCCUCGAUCUGGAUGGCCAGCACAGCCGGUACACCAAGACCUUCAAGAAGAUGAUUGACGUUUGCCUGCAAAAGGAUCCCAGCAAGCGUCCCCCAGCGACAGAACUGUUGAAGCACGAGUUUUUCAAAAAGGCCCGUGGGAAGGACUACAUUGAGGCCAAUUUGUUGGCCAAGCUGCCUCCGAUUGAAAAGCGCGCCACUGCCAAGAGCAAGGCUGCCCCUGCCGAAGACGUCGCAGCAGCACCUGGCGGCAUGCGCAAGGGCGAGAGCGGGCGAUAUCGCAAGAACGAGUCUGGAGAGUGGGACUUUGAGCCGUGCUCGGAUGAGGAGGAGAGCGACGAUGAGGAGAUUGAUCUGCCCGAGCUCGAUGACCAAGGCCGCGCGCAACCAGUCAAGCCGAGCACCAAGGCUGCGCUGCGAGCUGCCAAGAUUGCCGAGGACGAGUCUGAUGAGGAGCCUGCGACACCCACCGCAGUAUCCUCCCCGGGAGGACCGCAGAGCGGCACCAGCAGCUCGUCAGAAGGCGUGAAUGCCCAAGCAGCAGCGCAAGCGGUUGCCGAUGCGUGGCAAACGGCCGUGGUGGUUGAUCUCAAAAUUCGGCUGCGCGACCGCAACCGUCAGCUCAAGGACAUUCGCUUCUCGUUUGCUCGCAACGACGACACUGUUGAGCAAAUUGCCAAGGAGCUGGUGGAGGCCAAUUUGAUUGAGGCGGCCGAUGAGAAGGUUGUCGCAGAAAACAUUGCCAUCAUCACCAACGUUGCCAAUCGCAAGACGUCGCUCAAGUUCAUGCUCGCUGAGGCCGCCACUCUUCCAACUGUCGACCAAGAAGGGCUACAUGGUUAUGCUCAAGUGUUGCUGUGUUAA